UACAGAGCAGAGCCAUGAAUAUUAUCUUGGAUCUCCUCCUGCUUCUGAUCAUCAUCAUCUACUCCUACUUAGAAUCCUUGGUGAAGGUUUUCAUUCCCCAGAGGAGAAAAUCUGUGGCUGGAGAGAUUGUUCUCAUUACAGGAGCUGGGCAUGGAAUAGGAAGGCAUACUGCCUAUGAAUUUGCAAAACGGAAGAGCAGACUGGUUCUGUGGGAUAUUAAUAAGCAUGGCGUUGAGGAAACUGCAGCUGAAUGCAGAAAACUAGGGGCCAUUACACAUGUGUUUGUGGUAGACUGCAGUAACAGAGAAGAGAUUUAUGACUCUGUAAACCAGGUAAAGAAAGAGGUGGGUGAUGUAACUAUCGUGGUGAAUAAUGCUGGGGCAAUAUAUCCAGCUGACCUUCUUAGUACAAAGGAUGAAGAGAUUACCAAAACUUUUGAGGUCAACAUCCUAGGACAUUUUUGGAUCACAAAGGCACUUCUUCCAGCGAUGAUGCAGAGAAACCAUGGCCACAUUGUCACAGUGGCUUCACUAUGCGGCCACGGAGUGAUUCCUUAUAUUAUUCCAUAUUGUUCCAGCAAAUUUGCUGCUGUUGGCUUCCACCGAGCUCUGACAUCAGAAUUUGAAGCCUUGGGAAAAACUGGUAUCAAAACCUCGUGUCUCUGCCCAGUUUUUGUGAAUACUGGGUUCACCAAAAACCCAAGCACAAGACUAUUCCCUGUAUUGGAGACAAAUGAAGUUGCAAGAAGCUUGAUAGAUGGAAUACUUACCAAUAAGAAAAUGAUUUUUGUUCCAUCAUAUCUCAAUAUCUUCCUAACACUAGAGAGAUUUCUUCCUGAACGUGCCUUGGCAGCCAUAAAUCAUGUACUGGAUAUUCAAUUUGAAGCAGUGGUUGGCCACAAAACCAAAAUGAAAUGAAUAAAUGUGCUCCAGGCUGAGACGUAUGCACCUUAAUGAUGUGGAACUAAGUUUAGAGUCAAUGCUUCAAAGCUCUAUUUCACAUUUUUCAAUGCCAUUAAUAUUAAAAACAUUGGUUUGACAC